CUAACCGGCGCGCGUCUCGGCGGCGGGGCGGCACUCGGCGCGCGUCUUCCUGGCGCACCGCUCGGCAGGGCCACGGCCUGGGAGGCGGCAGCAGAAACGUACAGAUUGUAUAUUAGAGAGAAGCUCUUGAGAGCAAGAGUUCUCCAGGAUGUCGUACCGAAAAGAACUAGAGAAAUACCGAGAUCUGGAUGAAGAUCAGAUCCUUGGAGCACUGACAGAAGAUGAGAUCAAGAUGUUAGAGGAUGAACUGGUAGACCUAGACCCUGAUAAUGCAUUAUUGCCUGCAGGAAUGAGACAGAGAGAUCAAACGAAGAAAACACCCACUGGCCCCUUUAAAAGAGAUGACCUACUCGCCCAUCUGGAGAAGCAGGCAAAUGAGACUGAAGACCGAGAAGAUCUGGUUCCUUUUACAGGGGAGAAAAGAGGAAAAAUUUGGGUCCCCAAGCAGAAGGCUAUAGAUCCUGUUUUGGAAAGCGUAACUCUGGAACCAGAACUGGAGGAAGCACUAGCAAACGCCUCAGAUGCUGAGCUCUGUGAUAUCGCUGCUAUUCUUGGCAUGCAUACCCUGAUGAGUAACCAACAAUAUUACGAAGCUCUUGGAAGCACGACUAUAGUCAACAAGGAAGGUUUGGAUAGCAUAAUCAAGCCCACACAAUAUAAACCAGUUCCUGAUGAGCCCAAUGCAACCGACGUAGAAGAAACCUUGCAAAGAGUGAAAAACAACGAUCCAGACCUUGAAGAAAUUAAUCUCAAUAAUAUAAAGGACAUUCCCAUACCAACUUUAAAAGCCUAUGCUGACGCCCUGAAGAACAACUCGUACGUGAAAAAGUUCAGCAUAGUAGGAACAAGGAGCAAUGACCCUGUCGCUUAUGCAUUGGCAGAAAUGCUAAAAGUCAACGGUGUAUUGAAGAGUUUAAAUGUGGAAUCAAAUUUCAUUUCUGGAUCAGGAAUUCUGGCACUCGCAGAAGCACUGCAGGACAACACGACGCUAAUUGAGCUCAAAAUUGACAACCAGAGCCAGCCCCUAGGCAACAAGGUAGAAAUGGAGAUUGCGAGUAUGUUAGAAAAGAACGAGUCUCUCUUGAAGUUUGGGUAUCAUUUCACUCAGCAAGGCCCCAGGCUUCGCGCAUCCAAUGCCAUGAUGAACAACAAUGACCUUGCUCGUAUACAUCGAUGUGAUGGCCUCUGGCAUAACACCUCAGCCCCGGAACUGGAAGAUGUAUAAUGAGGAAGAGGCGGCUCGAGGACCUGAACGGGCCCAUCUUUCCCAAGUGCCGGACCGGAGUGUAGCUCUUGGCUGUGCCGAUGGCACUGGAUUGCGAAGUCUCGUGCUCGCACUGGAUUUGCAACACUUUGGUGUGGAGCAAACAGUGCAGAGAAUUUGUGGUGCCUGCUUUUUUUUCUUCUUCUUCUUCAUAUGACAUCCUUGUGCACUGAAGGUUUAAACGAAAUAGUGAUUGUAGGCAAAGACCCGUAUUAUCAUUGUGUGGAGAAUGACAUCUUCUUGUUUGUUUGUUUGAGUAAUCCAGUUUGAGCCUGUUUACAGUAAGGUGCUAAUUUUGGAUUCUGACAAAAUAACAUCAUAGCACAAAGAUGGCUUCAGCUGAUAGAGACCGUAGCUUAAUUUUGGUAUGGGAUUUUUGUGUGUGGUGUGAUAUGCAUGAGUAGUGAACGACAACAAAAGGAUGCGAUGCUACUCUGCAAAUGUAGCAGAAAUGUUAAAAAAAUACUUUUAUUUUUAUUUUGACAAUUUCCAGGAAUUAGAAAGAAGCUACUAGUUUGACAGCAUUUCUAUCAACCCAGUUUGCAUUGUUAUUUUUUUUUUUAAGGACUUGUGAAUUGCAGCCGCCUAAUAUCCACAGCCCUGCAUUGCAACCUAAGUUUAUAAAGCAUCUGUUAAUAAGUCUCUACACACCCACCCAACAGAAAGAAUGUAAGGCCACUCUUCCCCCCCCCCCCAAGCAAUAGUCACAAGAAGACAGCUGCCGACUGGGAUGUUGGUUGUUUUUCUCCUGCAGAAGAAUCCAAUACCUUAAAACAGUGAAUUUGCACAUGUUGUUCUCUUAAAAACGUCUUCUAAUAAGCACAA